AUGGAAAGGGAGUCACAAAAAACCAAUCAUUCGAUUGUGAGGCGCGCAGGUGAAUACGACUAUGAGGUGAGACAUACUUCACUCAAUGGAGAAAAAUAUGUUGUCAACUUUUAUAAGAAAGAAUGCUCAUGUAGACUAUGGAUGCUGACUGGACUUCCUUGCUGUCAUGCAAUGUCUUGCAUGAAAGAUCAACAUUUGGAGAUUGAUGACUUUGUACCUGACUUUUACAAGAAGGAACAAUAUGCUACUUUCUAUGCACAUGUGAUAUAUCCACUUAAUGGGGAAGCCUUGUGGGCAAAGACUAGUGAUGUUGAUCUUCAACCACCACCAAUAAAGAGGCAGCCUGGAAGGCCAAAGAAAAAAAGGAAUAGUGAAGUUGGAGAGAUGGUGAGGGAUGAGACACACAUGAAGAGGGCAAGACAUGGUAUACAGUGUAGUCGUUGCCACAAAGAUGGUCACAACAAGGCCACUAAUAAACUACCACAACCACAAGCUAGUUUGAGUCUGGUGCAAGAUGCAACAAGUCAGCAACCAUCACAAGCUGAUACAAGUCAAUCACCACCUGUUGCAACAAGUCAACCACCAUCACAAGCUGUUACAAGUCAACCACCACCAUCUGUUGCAACAACUCAGCCACCACCACAAUUUGUUACAAGUCAACCACCACCAUCUGUUGUUACAAGUCAGCCACCACCACAAUCUAUUACAAGUCAACCACCACCACCUAUUGUUACAAGUCAGCCACCAUCUAAAACUAAGAAAAAACUUCAUAAGGACGACAAGCCUGUUUCAAGCCAACCAUGA